UUCGUUAUUGUUUGCAACUUAUUUGGAUGUUCAACGUUCUUUGAUGAACUCAAAUGGAUCAAGUUUUUCGUCUCUAUCGAAAGAUGGAUUUUGGUCAAUGAAAACCCCACGGUACAAUACUCUAGUUUACCUUACACGGAGGACUGUCAUGUAGAGAAUUCGUUAUAUCUGUCCACAUUCUAUAAACAACCCGCAAAUUUUCUCGAGUCAACACAUCCUCCUGUCGAUAAAUUGAAUAGCUCCGCGGAACCGUAUGUAAAACCUGUCUAUUCUUUGAAAUCUCAAUUCCAGCCUUUACUUUGUGAAGCAAGUGAUAGUUAUUUACAAAAAAUCAACCAGUUUUUUCCCGUUGAUUAUCUUUAUACAUCCAUGUCCAAUUCAACUUCGUACGGAUUGGACUCUCCUAUGUUACCUGUUAACUUUGUUCAACGGAAUCAAGGAGUAUGGUCUUCAUCCCCAUUAACAAAUGGUUCCAAAACAUUUCAAGAUUGUGGUGCAAUUGUCUCAAGUUCUCAAGUGAAAUCUUUACCUAACCCUAUCAAAGAUUAUCAAAGUACAUCGGUGGUACAUUCUUAUAAUCUUCCUGAAGUGUAUACAACUUGCUCAUCAACUCUAAGUUCGAAUUCUCCAUGUUGCUCGGAUUCAAAGACGAUUGGUCAUGAUAGAGCGAAAAAAAGGCGUUUAGGUAAAAUGCAAACUUCAGUAAAUGAUGAAGAAGUCGUUUUUGAAAAAUACACUUAUAAUAGAACAUGCCGUAAUGAAACCAACUCAGGUGAUACAAAUUCAAUACAUACAUCUACUUUUCCAUGUCAUUCUAUUGAAGAAUCGAUUUCAUCUGAGUGCCAUUUAGAAAAUCAUACAAUCGAUUUUUCUAAUGGCUUUAAAAAUGUCGAUCAGCAUAAAAUAAUGGAAACGACUUGUUUGACUGAGCCUCAAUUAACAAGAGAUAUGUCAAACGUUUCUACAACGUAUUUAAAGCGACCAUUUUUACCAUGCAUCAAUGUGUUCUCAAGAUGUGGUGGCGUUUCAGGUUCGCGGCCAGCAGUAGAAGAAGAUUUGUCCUUAGUGUCAAAUGGUCCGUUUGAUGGUUUACCGAAAAAUACAGAAUAUCGAGAUCACCUGGACUCAAAUGAGUUCACUUCAACAAGAACAUCGUCUUUCACAAAACCAUGUUGUGUUCCAUCGAAUUAUUCAGCUGUUGUUCAAUCUUCCGCGCCUCUAGAAGAACUUGUUUGUCCCAUUGUCUCAUCAAAUCCAUCACAUUUUCAGUCAAUAAAUGAAAUGAUUAAUGAAAAUGAUCUCAACUCAACUCCUUCCUCAGUAUCGAAAGAAACAAAAAUUUUAAAUCAAAUGACACCAACAGAAACAACUCAAGAGUAUACACAGGGAAAAGAGAAUGUUUCAGAAACUUCAAUAGACUAUACCGAUUCUAAGCGAAAUUUACCGACAAAUGAAAAAAUUUUAGCUGAAAAAAAAGCAAUGCAUGAUCAAGUUUCCGAUCAAGAACUUGCUGUUUUAUGUAAAACACUCACCCCCUCGUCCACCAAUUCACCUAUUGAAGGUCAUGUAGCCGUAUCCUUAGCUCUAGGUUUGGUGAAAAUCUAUGAUAGUAUCUUUAAUGAAGAACAUCAAUUAAAACAACGUCAGCUGGAUAUUCUUGUUACUCGCUUUAUUCCAGCAGUGUGUUCCGAAGCUUCGUCCCCUUUUCAUUUAUCUGGUUCACUAUUCCAAACAAUGUUAGGUAGUGCUUUACAAGUCUAUGCGAAAUCAUGGAAUGAAUUGAGUACAUCACAGUCUAAUUUAAUUAAGACUGUUGAAUCGCGUUCGUUGCAGUGUACCGAAACAACAACAAUGCUUGUUCGAUGUACUGCCAUUUUUUGCUCAGCUCUAGAUCAUUUUAUUCUUGAUUGGUUAUCGCAACUACAAUUUUUAGGUGAUUCAGUUCCUAUACCCGUUUCUAAGAAACAAGUAUACGAAAAAUUAGUCUUAAAAUUUUUUGAGCCAGAUAUAUUAGCUCGCCGUAAUCAUCGAGUUCAAGCCAUCAGUGGGCUUUUCUGUACACUCCCUGAUAUUAUAUUAAGAAAAGCUAAUCCCGUGUCGUAAUUAAAAAAAAAAUUUCAGCUUGUUUUUAAUUUCAAAUUCAUCGUCACAAAUCUUUACUUUUUUGGACAUGUGAUAAAAAAAUAGCGUUUUUUUGAGUUCGCAAUAAAAAAAAAUAAAAAGACGUUGUUGGAAACCGAUAUAUUUUUUUUUUUUACCGAUUUUUUUUUUAGUUCACUAUUUUUUUUUAGUCUUCCUCUUCAUCAAUGACAAGGUCCACAUAACCCUCGUCCGUCUCCAUGCAAAAUGCCAUAUCAGUUAACGUUUGAAUAGUGUCGCGUAAAUCUUGUUCUUCUACAUAACAAAAAGAACCCAAAAAUUAAUUUUUUAUAUAAACGAGAUUUUUGUUUUGUCAAUUCAUUUAGAAUGUUUUCAAUAGUGUUCAAUGCAAAAAAAAAAAAAAAAAAGACUUACGAAACAUGCCAGAAAAAUGUUUAAAAA